GGACACUUGGACAAGUGGGCUGGGUUUGGGCUGAAUCCGGGAUCAGCCUCUCUCUCUUAUCGUCUCGGAGCACUCUUGCUUUCCUUCCCCUAAUUAUCCUCCCUCUCUCAAUUACCAUAGUUGGACCUGUCAACGAGUUAUCUCUGUCUUCUUUCUCACUCUCCAAUUCAGUACUUCUCUACCUCUUCCCUCCUCCUCUUGGAACCGCAUUGCCACGGAGUCUCUGCGAGAGACACUGCAUCGUUUCUGUUUUGAGUGAUUCCGAGAUCAUCCUAAGACAGUUUCCCCGAUCGCAUCUGCCAUCCACCACUCGCCUGACCUCCUCUCGUUUCCACUUUUUUUCUUGGGCCCCUCUCACUGCCAUCGUGGAGGUGCCGUCAUCCUGCGUCGAUCGCGCUGUGUGACGAGUGACGAACUGCCUAUCGUGACCGCUUCAGCCUGCGUGGCGUCGCUAGUAAGACUAUCCACGCCGAAAGGGGGUCGCGGCAGGUCCCCCUGCUUGGUCCUGCUGGUCUUGCCUGCUCCUCUUCCAGCUGGGUUCUCCGUACAUUGCCCUGGACGGUCCCAGUCCUUACGAAAGUCUCCUCUCGUUGGACCGGGAGAGUUGUUCAAAAAUAGACAAAAUAAUUAAAACCAAGAGGGCAACAAAAAGGGUUCCGAGGGCUGGAAUAUCAGCCCGCCCACCGCCAACAUUCCUUCGUCAACCUCCCCACGCGCCAUACCCCUCCGCAACCUUUCCGAUUCCCACGCUCAGUUCACCGUUCUGGAAUCUGCCAGCGAGAAGGGAAGUCGUCGCUCCUCCCUCUCGUCGACUCGCUCGGGCGAGUCAGACUUCUCCAUCUGGUCAGACACGGGCGACCUUGCCGAACAGCUCGCCGAGGUUGAGGACCCGCUUCAGAUCCGCCUCCGCAAGUCGCUCGACCGGGACUAUCGUGCUCGACGAGGUCGAAGGAAACAAGCCCCCAAGCGAGUUCACUACCCACCCGAUCUCGACGAUCCCCGUCCUUCGAUUGAUCUUGAAAAGGAUCAUAUCCGAAUCCCUAAUCCCCCGCCCCGACGUAUCUCUAGAAUCGAGCGGACCCUAGCCGCCAUCAUGUCUCCCCGCAAUGGGCAAAAUUCUCAACUACAUGGCCUAGUGGGCAAGCCAUUGUUGUACUUUACGAGUGUCUUUGUAUCGCUAGGUGUCUUCCUCUUUGGCUAUGACCAAGGUGUCAUGUCCGGAAUUAUCACUGGAUCGUAUUUCCGAGACUACUUCAAUCAACCCUCUCCGGCCACCAUUGGAACCGUAGUGGCCAUCCUCGAGAUUGGCGCGUUUAUCUCGUCUCUUUUAGUUGGCCGCAUCGGCGACGUGAUUGGUCGUCGCCGGACUAUUCUCUAUGGCUCGGCCGUGUUCUUCGUUGGCGGUGGCCUGCAGACCUUUGCAACCGGCAUGCCCAUGAUGAUGGUGGGCCGUAUCGUGGCUGGUCUCGGUGUCGGUGCUUUGUCAACGAUCGUGCCCGUUUAUCAAUCUGAGAUCUCGCCUCCCCACAACCGCGGCAAGUUGGCUUGUAUUGAGUUCACGGGAAAUAUUGCCGGAUACGCUACCAGCGUCUGGGUGGAUUAUUUCUGCAGCUACAUUGAAUCGGAUAUUUCAUGGCGCCUGCCCUUGCUGUGCCAGUGUGUCAUGGGAGCCUUGCUUGGAGUUGGAAGCUUGAUCAUCUGCGAAUCUCCUCGAUGGCUUCUGGACAAUGACCACGACGAAGAAGGCAUGAUCGUCAUCGCGAACCUCUACGGUGAGGGAGAUAUUCAUAACGACAAAGCACGUCAAGAGUACCGAGACAUUAAGAUGAAUGUGCUUUUACAGCGGCAGGAAGGCGAGCGAUCCUAUAGCGACAUGUUUAGACGCUAUUGGAAGCGAGUGUUGAUUGCCAUGUCAGCCCAAGCAUUGGCCCAGCUGAACGGUAUUAACGUGAUUUCAUAUUAUGCGCCUUUGGUCUUUGAAUCGGCCGGAUGGGAAGGCCGGGACGCAAUCCUGAUGACGGGUAUCAACGGCAUCACUUACCUUCUUUCAACCGUGCCGCCAUGGUAUUUGGUCGAUGGCUGGGGCCGACGGCCUAUCCUGCUCUCCGGAGCGGUGGCCAUGCUCAUCUCCCUCUCGUUGAUUUCAUACUUUAUCCAUAUCGAGAUCAAGGCGACCCCGACUUUGACGGUCAUCUUUGUGAUGAUCUAUAAUGCCGCCUUUGGGGCGUCCUGGGGUCCCAUUCCUUGGCUCUACCCGCCGGAGAUUCUGCCGUUGAGCAUCCGUGCCAAGGGUGCCAGUCUUAGCACCGCCAGUAAUUGGGCGUUCAACUGGCUUGUGGGAGAAUUGACUCCCAUUCUACAGAAAGCUAUUGGAUGGCGACUGUAUCUACUUCACGCCUUUUUCUGCGCGUGUAGUUUUGUGGUUGUAUACUUCUUGUAUCCCGAGACCAGUGGUGUUCGUCUGGAAGAUAUGAACGUCUUGUUCGGCGAUGCGACUACGGCCAUGCCCACUCCAGUCACGGACGCCGAGCGGGGAUCGUUGAUGGGUGGAGGCUCGCCUGUCCCGUCCCUUGAUAUUCGCCGACCGUACGGCCAAUUUGGAACUGAAAGUGCUAUUCCCGGGCUGGAUAUUGACCCGCCCUCGAUCGGUGCUGACGGCCUCGGCAAAUCGGGACGAGCUGAUUCUCAAGCGGGUAGCCAUCGGGGCGAAGGAAUCGGAGGCUGGAUCUCCAACAUGGUCAACCGUCACCGGGGAGGAAGUACUGGCACCAACCCAAGUCAAUACAGACGAUUGGAACAAGGCGAGGACGAAGAAGACCAUUAGGAGCGAAUCGCAAAUCCUGGCGCGAUCGAAUGACGGCGUUACUUUCCCUUUCUUUGGCCGUUCUUGUUGCUACCGUUCUGUUUCGGAAUCACGUUUUUUUUUUCUCAUAAACUAUACCAUCUUGGCUCUGCUCGUUUAUUUUCUUGGCUUGCGAAGUCCUUUCGACUGGCUGUGCAGC